ACCUACAUAAAAGAUACCUAGACGCCGACUGCACGACAGGCUACAAAAACAACUUAUACUGUACCUGUCAUUUUACAACGGCUGCUCCAGACAUGAAAAUAAAAAUAGCGACAGAGUUCCUGGAUUUGGAAACUAAUUAUGACUUUUUGUAUAUAUUCGACGGAAAAAAUGCGACCUACCCGAUCCUCGGCCGCUAUACGGGAACGACGCCAUUUGCACUGGUCAUCAAUGGGACCGAGGCCUUUAUGGCACUGACGACGGAUCAUGUGGUGGUAAAAUCUGGCUUCCGACUGUCCUACCUCAUGGUUCCGCCUGACGACGCUAGUGACACACCUUCAUCUCUGAAUCCGAGAGACAUUCCCCGUUACCUCUGGUUGGACGGAUACCUUGAUGCUAAAAAUCACCAAUUUCAAUUACCAAAUGGUGAAGUCGUCAGUAUGAGCACGUUGACCUUAGAUGCUGCUAAACAUUCACGGUUGUGUUACGACCCGAUCUUCGAUCAACUUAAAGCAUUUGCUGACACCGAGUACUGCAACACGUACUGUGAAACCCAGUGAUGGCACAACUAAGACUAUAACUUUAUGAUAUUGCAACUAAUAUAAUGAGUGACAACAACCACGUUAUGUUACAACAAACAUCAUGAAUGACAACUAACGCGUUAUGUUACAACAAUCAUCUCGAGUGACAACUUUCCUGUUAUGUUACAACUAACAACAUGAGUGACAACUUUUCCAUUAUGUUACAGCUAACAUUAUGAGUGGCAAAAACUCCGUUAGGUUACAACAAACAUCAUGAAUAUCAAAACUAUCUUCCGAUGUGUUUCAACUGACAAUGUGGUUACAAAUAACUCCUUUUAUGUUAUAACUCCUUUUAUGUUACGUAUGUGACAAUACGACCGUAACCUUGAUUUAAUGGUUUUGAGAUUGGUAAUCAAAAGUUUGUAUAAAGCUGAGUUGAACCACUAAAAGAGACAGCGAUAAAACGUUGUUUAUAAGGAUUCUUGGCAGGUUAAGCAUCCAAUACAAACGAGGCAGGUCCUUAUCGUUAUCGUUAGUAGUGAUGCGGAAAUUUUGUAAUACAGAAGCGUGAUUAGUUUGUAUUUUGUUUUUCAAUAGGUUUAUCUGACUGAACGGUGCACUUUAGUAAUGAAUUCUUAUUUGACACAGGACAGAUAGGCAAAGUAUAGUGUUGAGUUUUAGUGUAAUAUAAGACUGACAGGUAAAGUAUAGUGAUGAGUUUUAGUGUAAUACAGGACUGACAGGUAUAGUAUAGUGAUGAGAUUUAGUGUAAUACAAGACUGACAGAUUUAGUAUAGUGGUGAGUUUUAGUGUGAUACAUGACUUUCAUGUAUAGUGGUGACGAGUCCUAGUGGGAUACAUGACAGAUAGGUAAAGUAUAGUGAUGAGCUUUAGUGUAAUACAAGACUGACAGGUAUAGUAUAGUGAU